CUCCGGCAGGCGGCGGGGAGGCAGGUUUUCUUUGGUUGCAGUGUUGUGUGUGGGUUCUCCGUGGCGGACGGGGUUACGAGUGGGGCCCGCUCUUAGCGCUGGUACCAGGAGCUCUGUGGAGAACGUGGGCCAGCUCCGAAGCUGCGCCAUGGUGAGCGAGGGGCCGCUGUCCCCAGAGGGGGAGGGGCGGCGGUUGAGCCGCGAGAGCCGUUGUGACGGGCGCUCUUCGGGACUGGGGCGGGGCCGACAGCCUGCAAAGCAACCUAGGCCCUGGGCCGGCGGCCUCUGGGCAGCUCCGCCUCUCGGCCGCUUCUGCGCAGAGCCAGGAGUAGCGCCAGGCUCCGCCCCGCGCUGGGGACGCUGGCGUUGGUGACGUCGCAGCCGUGCGAGCGCUCAGAGCCUAUGUUCUUUUUGUCCGGAGGGCCAGUUGCUAAGUGAAGGUAGUCUACAGUUUCUUCGAGUUAUAGAAGUUCUGACGUUUACGUUUCCUGUCUAUAUUUAGGAUCCGCUUUAAGUUAGUUUUGCGAAAAGUUGUGAAGUCCGCCCAAUAUUUUGUUUAUAUAUGCGUGUUUGUUUUACUGGUUUGUUAAAUCACUGACUGUCUUUUGGGUUUGCUUCUGGCUUUUUUUUUUAAGUUGUCAUUUCUUAUUUUUGAAAUAUUGUACUACUUUGAUUAUUGCAGUUUCAUUGGAAGUCUUAAAGUCAGGAGUUUUUGGCCUUUGAGGAUGUGGCUGUGGAGUUCAGCCAGGAAGAAUGGGUUUUGCUAGAUCCUUCUCAGAAGAAACUAUACAGAGAUGUGAUGCUGGAAACCUGCAAUAACCUUACUUCCAUAGGCAUCAAAUGGGAAGACAAGAACAUUGAAGAACAGUACAAACAUUCUUGGAGAUACGUAAGAAGUUGCAUGAUAGAUGCAAUUUAUGAGCACAAAGAAGGUGGUCAGUUUCAAGAAACCUUUACCUGGAUACCAGAUUUCCAUAGGAGUACUAACAUUUCUACUGGAGUAAAACCAUUUGAAUGUGGUGUGUGUGGAAAACUUUUCAUGUGUCAUUCAUUCUUUAAUGAGCACAUCAUGUCUCACUUAGGGGAUAAAACAUCUGAAAACAAAUAUGGUUCAUGUGGAAUACAGCAACAAAGUCAGAGUGUUGAAAAAUCCUAUAAGCAGUGUGGAAUGGCCUUUGUUUGCCACUGUUCGCUUUCUGUAGAUGGAAGAACCAACAGUAAAGAUAAAUGUUAUAAAUGUAAACAAUCCAGUAAAGCUCUAAGUUCUUCCAGUUCCUUCCAGAGUCAUAAAACAGUUUAUGCUGGAGGAAGAACCUAUGAAUGUGAACAAUGUGGAAAAUCCUUUAGACAUGAGAGUUCAUUUCUAUUACACCAAUUAACUCACAUUGGAGGGAAAUCCUAUGAAUGUAAACAAUGCGGGAAGGCCUUCAGAUGUCACAAUUAUCUUCAGUUACAUGAAAACUUUCAUAUUGAAGAAAACCCCUACGAAUGUAAACAAUGUGGAAAAACCCUUUGUUCUCCCAGUUCCCUUCGAGUUCAUGAAAGGAUUCACAAUGGAGAAAAACUUUAUGCAUGUAAACAGUGUGAUAAAGCUUUCAAAUGUCAAAGUUACCUUCGAAUACAUGAAAGAAUUCACACUGGAGAAAAGUGCUAUGAUUGCAAACAGUGUGGUAAAGCUUUCAGAAGUCAGUGUUCCCUUCAAAGACAUAAAAUAGCUCAUCCUAGGAAAAAACCUUAUGCAUGUAAACAAUGUGGUAAGUCCUUCACUUAUCCAUAUUUACUUCAAACACAUGAGAGAUUUCACACCAGAGAAAAAACAUAUAAAUGUAGACUGUGUAGUAAAGCCUUUCUUUGUUCCCCCUUUCUUCAGAGACACAAAAGAACUCAUACUUGGGGAAAACCCUAUAAAUGUAAACAGUGUGGUAGAGCCUUCAGAAGCCACAGUUCCCUUCGAUUGCAUGCAAGAGCUCAUACUGUAGAAGAAUCUUACACAUGUAAGAUAUGUAGUAAAGCCUUUCUGUGUCCUCCUUUCCUUCAAAGACAUGAAAAAACUCAUUCUGGGGAAAAGACCUUUGAAUGUAAGCAAUGUAGUAAAAUCUUCAGAGAUUGGAGUACCUUCCAAGUGCAUGAAAGAUCUCAUACUGUAGAAAAGCCCUGUAAAUGUAAACUGUGUAGUAAAGGCUUUUUUUAUUCCUCUUCCCUGGAAAGACAUAAAAAGAUUCACACUAGAAAAAAAUGCUAUCCACGUAAAUAUGCAUGUGAACAAUGUAGUCAGUCCUUUAUUUUUCCCUGUUUACUUGAGAAGCAUUUAAAAGUUCACACUGAUGAAAAACCCUAUGAAUGUAAACAGUGUGGUAAAACAUUUAGGAGUCUCACUUAUGCUCGCAUACAUAAAAGAUCUCACACUGAAGAAAGACGGUAUCUAUGUAAACAGUAUGGCAAAAGUCUCAGUUGUCCUAGUACUCUUCAGUUACAUGAACUUACUCAUACUGGAGAAAAACUCUAUGCAUGUCAACAAUUUGAUAAAACUGUCAGAAGAUUCAGUUAUUUUCAAGUACAUGAAAGGGCUCAUACUGAAGAAAAAGCUUACAUACGUAAGCAAUGUGAUGAAAUUCUCAGUUCAAAUUCCCUUCAGCUACAUGAAAGAAUCCAUACUGGAGAGAGACUACAUGAAUGUAAACAAUGUGGUAAAGCCUUCACAGUCCUCAGCAAUCUUCAAGUACAUGAACUGUCUCACACUCAUGAAAAAUCCUAUGGAUGCAAGCAACAUGGUAAAGUUUUCAGUCUUAGUAAUCUUAUACAGGAAAGAAAGAAAGCUGAAGCAAAUCUCUGUGAAUGUAAACAGUGUGGUAAGUCUUUUGUUUCUCGAUAUUUACUUCAAAUGCAUGAAAGGUCUCAUUCUGCAGAGAGACGCUACGAAUGUAAGGUUUGUGGUAAAAGCUUCAUUUAUCCCUCAUUUCUUCAAAGACAUGAAAGAACACAUACUGGAGAGAAACCUUAUGAAUGCAAACAAUGUGGUAAGGCCUUCAGAGUUCAGAGCUCCCUUCGGUUACAUGAAAGAACUCAUUCUGAGGAAAAACCUUAUGAAUGUAAAGACUGUGGUAAAGCCUUCUGGCGGCUCCCUUCUCUACAAGUGCAUGAAAGAAUCCAUACAGGAGAAAAACCCUUUGAGUGUAAACAAUGUGAUAAAACCUUCAGGUGUCACAGUUCCCUUCAAAGACAUGAAAGAACCCAUAGUCAAGAAAAACCAUAUGAAUGUACACAGUGUGGUAAGGGCUUUAGAUGUCACCGGUCCCUUCAAAGACAUGGAAAAACUCAUGCUGGAGAAAGAGCCCAGGAAUCUGGACAGUGAGCAAAAAUGUUUAGACUUUCCAAUUUCUUUCUAGUGUUUGAAAGUAACUCUUGGGAAGAAAUUCUGGUGGUAUAAAACAAGUAGUGGUGUUUUUAAUUAUAGACUUACUGAAGAAAGACCUGUUGGAAAUAAUCAGUCAAUUAAGAUGUUCAGUUCCAAGCCUGACAUAAUGGUGAAUGCCUUUAAUCCUAGCACUGGGGAGGCAAAGGUAGGCAGAUUUCUUGUUCAGGGCCAGCCUACUAGCAGGGUGAGGUACAGGGCAACCAGGGCUACACAGAGAAACCCUGUCUCAAAAAACAAAAGAUGUUCAGUUCCAUUUGAAGACUUGAACAUCUCUGGUGGAAUACCUUUGGAAUGAAUUUAAUGUGAGGAUACCUAAUUUUUCAUAUAUCCUCUUGAAUACACACAUGAUAAUUCAAAUAGAGGUAGCUCUUAUAAGAAUAAAUGUUGGAUUGGAAAGAGUUUAGAAAGUAAAGUUUGUAAAACUUCACUAAAAGUCAUGAAGAAGAUUAUUGGAAGUAAACCAUAUGUAUUUUGAAAUCCUUGUGCAAACUAAUAUAUAAUGCUCAGAUUUUUAUAACAUGAGUGUAUUCUUAUAAGGAUAGGAAUAUGUUGUGUUUGGUUUGCAAUUACUGGUGAUCAUAGAGGGGCUAGUGGUACAGCCCUGUAGUGCUAGUUAUUCAGGUGGCUGGUGGAGGAGAAUUGCAAACUCAGGACCUGCCCAAGCAAUGUCAGCCCCAUUUUGCAAUCAAAAGCUGAAAAGUAUGGGGUAUGUUGCUAAGUAGGUAGAAUACUUAGCUGGCAAGCAUGAGGCUAUAAAUUCAAUACCCAGUACUCUUCCUAAAAGAAUAAGAAUCCCAAGAGAAUGAGUUGCCAUUUCUUUUAGAGAGGUGUACAUUAAAAUGAAAAUUGUUAAGUAUUCAAUAGAGAUAGUUUCUAAUAAUGUUGUUGGACAAUUAUAUAACUGAAGAUGUUACUUUUCCUGGUGCUGUGAUAAAAUGUUCCAACAAAAGCAAGUUAGGAAGGAUUUCUUUUGGCUCAGAGAUUGAGCUGUGUCACAUGGCACAGAAGUUAGAGCCAUGUGACACAGCUUGCCAUACUGCAUCUAUAGUCAAGCAGCAGCAUGAUCUAUAGGCCAUGAUCACCUAGCUUUCUCUCUGUUGUACAGUCUGGAACUCAACCCCAGGGAAUAAUACCACCUCCUUCAUGGUGGGGCUUCCUGUCUCAGUUUAAAUCCUACAGGCAAACCCUGAGGCUCAUCUCCCAGGGGAUUCUACAUCUUCUAAAGAUGAUACCAGCUAUCACAAAUAUAUACUACUCCAAACAUGGGCAAUAUGUUUUACUGCUUAUUUUAGACAAGGGUAACUAGUUGUUUAGGAAACUGAAAAUAUUUGGUGUAAAGAUAUGGAAAUGGUAUAAAGAUAAGUGCUACACUUAUUUUUAAGGCCCCAUAUUUUAAGUGGAGUCUUCUGGACUAGAUGUUGCUUUGCUUUGUCAGUCAGUUAUUGUCUAGACAAUGUUAAGGACACUUCUGUACACUAAGAUUACUACUAGUAACUUUAUAAACACUUUAGACUUAGAUUUUAUUGUCUGUAAAAUAUUUUCCCUAGUAGAUUAGUUCAAAACUUUUUCACUUUGCAAAAUUAAAAAAAUUUGAUACUUUUCUAGACACUCAUCCAUGUGCAAGUAAGAAUUUAGUAUACCUUGGACUAUAUUGUGUUCGAAAGCUUGAUUUUAAAAAUUUCUAACUUACCAAAAUGUAUUUUAUAGUUUUUUAGUGAAUUUUAGUUUAGGAUUAUUUGGUUUGGGAUUAUACAAUGGUUUCUAAAAAGGUUCUAAAUGUACUUUUUCCAUUUUGUACUAAUUUAUAUGAUGGGCACUCAGCAUUCAUGAUUCAUUUCUGGACAGCUUGGUUCUCUAUACUUUGCAUUCUAAAAUAUUAACUGAAAAUAUUUUGAGACAAGGUAGCUCUGACCUAGAACUCAGUAGACCAGGCUGACCUUGAUUUCAGAGAUUCACCUGCCUUGGUCUCCUGAGUUGCUAGGAUUAAAGGCAUGUGCUACAUUCAGGUAAGAUUUGUAUGUAAAAACAAGCCUCUCAUCUCAUUAGUAUGAAAAUUUGCUUUAAUCCUUAAUAAAUAGUAAAGUUAUGUUUACUAAAGAAUUUUUAAAAUAGAUUUAUUUUUAAGAAUGUUUUAACUUACAGUCAUUUUGUGUCUGUAUGUAUAAAGAGAAGCAAUAUAGUCAGAAGCUGAUUCAUGUGGUGUGAAGAGUAGCCAAAUAAAACUUUGUUUGUGUCACGUUGA